AUGCAGGAAGUGCGCAGGACGCUGCAGGAUUCGUUGCCAGGUGGCAAUCACGUGCUCGCCAGCUGCACAUGGGCUAAAGAGUGCCCAAAGCAAAGUGGGCACAUGGUCGAAGUGGCCAUAGUCACCACCAACUCUACGUGCCAGAAGCUGCAGCCAGCAUGGCAAAACAAGCCGCUUUGUGGGGGCUUGAUAUCCGCGACAUGGACAUUCCUGAAGAACACCUCGUCGGCGCAACAUGUCCUGCAAAUGGCUCAAAUGGCGAAGCUCGAGCUGCAAGAAGCGAGGCGGAAGACUGUGGCUUUGGAGCUACCCUCGAGGUGGUUCGAUGGUCAAGUGCCCAGACAGGUCAACAACAUCGGCCCUGAGUUCUGCUGGCACCAGUUCGCACUACUGUUUGGAAAGGUUUCCACAAUUGAGCUGGUCCGUCCAAAUGCAAGUGUCCUGGUGCAGCUGCUGGUGUCCUACAAGGACCCCGAGGGAGCAGCGGCACUCAUGGAAGCCUUGACCGACCGCUACCUUCUCUACACCAAAAGUGGUGUUCCGGACGACUGCUACCCCGUCACCCUCACUCCGGGAGACGGCUACUCCCUCAGAGAAUAUUACUGCUCUGCCAGUGUUCCAAGCCUCCCUCCACGGGAGGAGGUGCGACCCGAUCGACCUGCUGUUGGUGGCCACAUUGCUGCGGCGCAGGCUGAGCGCACCUCCCGCGCAGACACCCAUGAAAUCUCCGCCGAGGCAACCGGACCUCCUGCAGCAUACGUUCUGCGGCGUUGUGGCAACGGCCCCGUGCCGGAUGCCCUUCGGGAGCCACCAGAAAGUUUCAGCAUUUCCGCCCAGAAGCCACGACUUGUCUUCGGUCGCGAAGAUACUUGUGAUGCAGUCCUGCGGCAUCAGUAUGUGUCAAAGGUGCACGGUACUUUUGUCCUUCAGGACUCACCUGAGGUCAGCAUGGGCCGAAUGCUGCUACUCCUUGACUCUUCUUCAAACGGAGUUUGGGUCAACGGUGUGCGUAUGGCGACGGGUCGCUUUCAACAACUCCAUCCUGGGGACAGGAUUUCCUUCCUGGCUCCCAUCGCCAAGUUGGAUGAAGACCCCGCAACCUGGGAGGUCUGCAUCCUGGCUGUUGCCGCCUCCGACAAAGAAGAGCCAGGGCACCCGGCACCAGAACUACAACGGCAGCCUAUACCCCAAGCUGCACCAGGGAGCCAGCAGGUGCGACCAGUGCAAGUGGUCCAAGCGGUGCAGAGCGCACCGCCGGCUGCGACUGCCGCGACUCCUCAGGCCCAACCGCAGCGAGCAAAGCCGGCGCCAGCGCAGCCAGAAAAGCCAGGCAGAUCGGCGACUGCAGCGCAGCCCGAGGCGCAGAAGCAAGCGCAGUUCGCAAGCGCGCAGCCCCGAGAGGCUAGAUCCCCUGCAGUGCCUGCCGUUGUGCAGGGCACACAGCCUGAGCAAGUGCGUGUGAAACAGGCGCAGCCAGAGCGACAAGAGCACCAGCAGCCGCCCGUUCAAAGCACUGCAAGCCCGGGCCAGAAACAAGCAUCAGGUGACGACGCUCUGCAACAACGGCCGCGGCAAAAGCGUGCAAAGACCGCAGCCAAGGCGUCUGCUCUAAAAGCAGCGGACGAGGGAUCAAAGCGGGAGGCACCGGAGGCACCGGACAAGACAGCUCGGCCUGCCAAAAUCCUGGCAGCAAAGACGAUGCCCCGACCAAGUGAUGCAAAGCAAGGUCCAGACAACGAAGACUCGGCCGAAGCAAUGGCAGCAGGCUAUGCUGCUUUGGCAGCUGCAUAUUUCGCAGCACAGGAGGAAGAGGAGGCUGAGGUGCAGCGACGUUCUGAACAGCCAGCCAUCGAAUCAACAGCUUCCAAAGAAGAAGCGCCACCAUGCAAACUCUCAGAGGGGACGGAGGCAUUGAUACCCCCGUCGUCUCAAACAUACCCACCACAUUCCUCUGCUACACCGCCACCACCAGCACCGCCUCCACCGAAGACCUCGGCUACGGCUACAGCAACCGCAAAAGCGCCUGGCUCCCUACCAUUCCGGAGUCCUCCACCUUUGCUCGCCAUGACCACUUCCGACUCAGUGCCAGUUUCAAAGACAGCUCCAGCAAUCGAAGGCGAGCCAAUUGCACAGGCGAUUCCAUCUCAGCUGGGCUCGGCAGCACCGGUCACACCACCGAAGGCACCCGCAGUUGUAUCAGAACGCGCUCCCUGGAGAGCUGGGCCUCUACUGUUGCCACCUCCACCUACGCGAGUUCCGUCCUUACGGCAGGAGUUAUAUACGUCCCUGAUCAAUCUGGACACGGAGCUUGGUGCUGAAGUAAUGAAUCUUCGGCCAAAAAGCUGUGCUGCAACACCAUCGCAAGCACCUGUCACAGCAAAUGCCCAGGAUCCGAACGAUCUUGCAAGCUGGACUGUGGCAUGGGGCCUGGGCAAAUAUCAGGCUAGACUGAUCAACAACUACGAUGAUGUGGAGCAGAUCUGCAGUCUCCACCAGAACAGUUUGCAGACGUUUUUCAUCGACAACCAGAUUGACAGCAAGGAGGACCAGCAGCUUUUCGAGACAGCCAUUUUGACUUGGAGCCAAUUGCACAGAGCAACGAGUCAGUGCCCGUGA